GCUAGUAUAAAAGUGUGCUCUACUGUGAUUGGUCAAUAUGUUAAGCAUUGAAUAUGACAAACAAAUAAGAACAAUUCCCAAUUCUCGUUCAUGAACUUUAAAGUGUCAUUGAAGUGGAGUGUGUUUUCUUAGUGAUUUUUAUACAAAAACUGCUGCAAAAUGUUUAAAAAGUUUGACGAGAAAGAGAGCAUUUCGGGCGUGCAGCAACUCAAGUCUUCGGUCCAGAAAGGCAUCAGGGCGCGUCUGCUUGAACUGUACCCACACUUGGAUAACUACAUCGAUCAAGUGCUCCCUAAAAAGGACACUUUCAGGAUUGUGAAAUGCCACGACCACAUCGAGAUCAUGGUGAACAGCGCUGGAGAGUUGCUGUUCUUCCGUCAACGAGAGGGACCAUGGAUGCCAACUUUGAAACUCCUUCAUAAAUAUCCAUUCUUCCUGCCAAUGCAGCAGGUUGACAAGGGUGCUAUUCGCUUCGUGCUCAGUGGUGCCAACAUCAUGUGCCCUGGACUGACCUCACCAGGCGCUCGGAUGAGCAGCGUGGACAAGGGACAGGUGGUCGCUGUAAUGGCUGAAGGAAAGGAACAUGCUCUUGCUGUUGGAUGCACUGCUCUAUCUACUGAUGACAUAGCUAAGGUAAACAAGGGCGUGGGCAUCGAAAACUGUCACUAUCUCAAUGAUGGCUUGUGGCAAAUGAAACCAGUGAAGUAAAUGGAAUGUAAAGUUUAUGCUUCCGUGUAAUUUAUUACUAAGUUGUCUCAAUAAAGAUAUUAAUUUCUAAGAG